CGGCGCAGACUUGGGAGAUUACGGUAUCCAGGAGUUUCUUCGCUGUCGCGCGCGUAUAUAGGCAGAAGAGACGCUGGCGUGACAGAUGUUAAGAGGACAGUGCAUUCGGACGAUGAGACGCGAGCCGGCUGACCUCCCCAGAAGUGGAAUGGAGCAGCCAUGAAUGGAGAUACUCCCUCAAGCCCUGAGUCAUCCUGCCAACUGCCUGACUGGAAGGAGUUCUGUGAACUGCAUGCUCGCGCCUCGGCCACUGAGUUUGCCGCAAAAUUCCGCCAGUUCAUAAGUGAGAACCCCACCUACGACAUCCCUGGUGCGGACACGUCUUUUUCGCAGCACUUUGCCACACAUUUUUUGGACUGCUUUACUGCAGAACUGAGCCGUAGCACCACACCAGGCUCACCGGGUGGAGCUCUCAGGUACGGCAUUGUGCCCUUUGUGGGUCUCCAGAGCUGCCCUCUACCCUACGCCCGGGAUCUGUACCUACACAGGAGAGAGGCAGGAGCCUCUAGCGAAUCACUGGACAGCAUGGACAGCAGUCAGGGUAACCUUGGCAGGGGUGCAGGGAGCCAAGCGUCAGCAGGUAGGCAGCACAAGGUGUCUGCGUAUGGACAGUCACGGAGCACCGAGGAUGUGUCUAUGGGCCACCCCAAAGCCAAAUUCAAGAAGGGCUUCUCCUUACGCAACAUGAGCCUCUGCGUGGUGGAUGGAGUCAAAGAAAUAUGGCACAGACGCUCAUCCCCUGAACCUGAUCAGGGUCGGCGAGCCAACAGUGAGAGUGGAGAGAAAUGGAGCCAGCGUCUGCGACUCACAAAGGCUUCCCAGACACCAAAGGCUGAGCUCCUGGAGAUUCAGAGAGAGGGCAUGCUGCGUUACAUGGUGGCAGAUGACACCAACUGCGUGGGCAGCUCCCAGUGGCAGAAGUGCCGGCUGCUUCUGCGCAAAGCUGUCCGAAUAGAGGGGGAACGAUUCCUGCUUGAGUUUUACGUGCCACCCAAGUCCACCAAACCGAAGGUCUGCGUGCCCCUUUCAGCUAUUGUAGAGGUCCGGACAACAAUGCCCCUGGAGAUGCCUGACAAAGAUAACACCUUUGUCCUCAAGGUGGAGAACGGAGCAGAAUACAUCUUAGAAACCAUUGACUCACUGCAGAAGCACUCUUGGGUAGCUGAUAUCCAGGACUGUAUAGAGCCCAGUGACAGUGGUGAAGACAUAGAACUCUCCUCUUGUCCUCAUGGAGGGCCCUGCAGAGACUUCCCAACGGGUUCAUCUUGUAGCUGUGAGCUGCUUGGAGAAGGUGUACCCAGGUUGCCAGACAGGCCUUGUCUCUCUGGAGUCAGCGAGCCCCGCAACACUCUGCCUGCCCGCUGCAAGGACUAUCCAUUCUCUGAACACAUCCCCCUUGAGAGGUUUCUGCAAUCAUCAGAGUUUAGCGGAGCUGGGCAGUCAGCAGGAGUGGCAAGUGAAGGCAGGGACUCUGAAGGAAACAUCUGCCUGACAGAUUACCCAUGGUUCCAUGGAACACUGUCACGAGUGAGAGCUGCACAGCUGGUCUUAGCUGGAGGAGCUCGCAGCCACGGACUCUUUGUCAUUCGGCAGAGUGAAACGCGUCCAGGGGAGUACGUCCUCACCUUCAAUUUCCAGGGCAAGGCAAAGCAUCUUCGCCUGUCAGUGAACGAGAACGGGCAGUGCCACGUCCACCAUCUUUGGUUCCAGACAGUCACUGACAUGUUGCGCCACUUCCAUGCCCACCCCAUCCCCCUGGAAUCGGGGGGUUCUGCCGACAUCACGCUGCGUUGCUAUGUGCAGGCACCGCGCCCCCUGCCAGAGCCCAUUGCACCUCAGCUCCAGCAGCCCACCAGCCUGCCCACCUGUCGAAACGACUCUCUGCACUCCCAGCACUACUUCACUGGAUCCAUUCAGCCAGCCAGCCAGCCUGCAGAGACCCUGGCAUCCUCAGCCUCCUCCUCACCAACAUCCCUGCCACCUUUUCCUCGCGGGGAGACGGCCAUAGGGGGCUUACGGAGCCGGAGUAACAGCUCUGAGCGACUGCUGGAGCCUCCAGGGGGCAGCUCAGAGGAUUACCACGAGAGUGAUGGCUCCCGCAGAACCCGAGCUGUGGAAAACCAGUACUCGUUCUACUGAGAGGUGUGCCUAGCUGGCCAGAUCAGAACAUGGAUAUAUAGUGCCUGGCGCGGAGUAGCACAGUUGUGGGAGUGCUGUUCUUCUAGUUUGUUUUUAAUGUCUUUUUUGCACACUUUUGGAAUCCUUUGGUUUCCCACAAUGACUUUUAUACUUGGUAAACGGGACUGUGAGGGUGUCUCAGAAUGAAUCAACUACACUUUGGUGGCACAUUUUGUUGGAAAUGGGUCACACCUUUCCUGAAACAGAAAUGGAACAAUCUAGAGAAUGCCGCAUAGAUGAUGUUCUGUUUUCGGCUCCACUUCACAGCUGACUGACCAUUGAACUGGCACUUAAACACACUUUAUCACAAACGCCAACAUCAACUCUUGGAGUGCCACAGUGCUUCCCAUGUCUCACUCCUGUCUACGCCUUCCAGGCCUCUAAUUAAAGAGCACGGCUCACGGUGGUGAGAAUUUGAGCUGCUAG